AAGUUUGACUAUAGGGCCCAACAUAAAUCCCAAAUCAGUACAGAAUCAUUAACCAAUAACCAACAAAGCCAACGCUAACUCCGGCGAGAUCCGCCACCUCCUUCCGCCACCUCCUCCGACCACCCUCACCACCGUCUCCCCCAUUCCCCUCCCAACAAUGGAGUCGCAACCUCCAAGAUCCGAAUCACAAACCGACCCUCUCCACAACCCAUCCAACAAACACCCCUUAGACGAACUCUGCCACGACCUCAAUUCCCUCCAAGACCUAGCCAACCGCGGCGCGUGGCGCACCAUCAUCGACAAAGUCUCACGCGCCAGAGCACUCUCUCUUCUCCAAAAGCCCCACGACCACCUCACCUACCUCGCCUUCAACGCCCUUGCAUUCACCAAACUACGUCGUUUCAACGAAGCCUCUUCCGAACUCGAUUCCGUCGAAGAUCUCGAUAGUUCACAUUACCAAUACGAAACCUACCCGAAAAUCUACCCUAAUCGCGUCGGAUCUAUGGUUCCUUUUUCCCUCCGGUGGCUUCAUGCUCUAAUUCCGAUCAAAUUAGGUCAACGACAACAAGGAAUUGAUCGGUUAUACGGUCUCCUCGAUUUCGUGCGAGAGAAGAUAGCCACCAAGGAAAACAACAAUUUAAGCGAAUCGGUUCGGGUUUGGCGAAAAAGAGAGGUUUUUGUUGUGAAUUGUAUAAUUGGUCACCAUUUGAGUCACAAGGAGUUUGGUGUUUGUUUAAGCUUGAUGAAAAGUUUACUCUCUAGAGAUUCUACUGAUCCUUAUUUGAUUUCGCAACUUGGGUAUAUUCAAUUACAAACCGGUGACUUGGAAGGUGCAAAAGCUUCGUUUUUGAAAGCUGAAAUUGAUGGGAAGAACAAUGGGUCAUUGAGUGAGGUUGAGUUUAUGAAUCUUGUGAAUAGAAACAAGGCUUUGGUGUAUAUGGUUGGGAAGGAUUAUGCAUCUGCGGUGAGGGAAUAUGAAGAGUGUAUUGUAAGGGAUCAUAGUGAUAUAGUUGCUUUUAACAAUAAAGCUCUUUGUUUGAUGUAUUUGAGGGAUUUGUCUGAUUCAAUCAAGGUGUUGGAGAAUGCUCUUGAAAGGGUUCCUACGGUUGCGUUGAAUGAGACGCUGGUUGUUAAUUUGUGUAGUAUGUAUGAGUUGGCUUAUGUUAAUCACUCGGAUAUUAAGAGAACGCUUAGUAGUUGGAUUGCUCGUGUUGCGCCUGAUGAUUUUGAUGCAACGUGUACGCGGACAUGAAGAGAAGGUAGCUUCUGUUUCUUUAUUUUUGGUUUAGCAUUUUCAUUUUGUCAUGCAUGGAAUUGGCAUGCUUGUAAUGUAUGGUGAUUUUUGUGUUUAUACUUUGCAUAAGUUAUUGCAAUAAACUAUAAUCUCAAAGUUUAGUUUUUCUUUUGUUCUUUUGAUCACUACUGUAACAUAUGUGUCUGUCUUAUUGAUUGAAGAAUAAUGUCAUAGUUCAUUGGAUUGUAUCCCCUUGCACAUGCUCCCAUAGCUUCACAAUAUAAGGUUUAUUCCACCUGAUUGUUUGA